AUGAGUGCUUCACUACGAAAGAAAUUGAAUUCACAUUGGGCGAGGUCUGUUCCAAACAAACAAAUCGCUCACCAAUUACUUCGAGUUACUCCGUUCAUUUAUGGGGCGUGUAGAUCAGUUUCAGACAAAACUGCAUAUUGUGAUCUGAAUGAGCCCUUUGCUGUACUAUAUGGACCAGCAAAUGAGCAUAUACGCAUAUAUGACGGAAGCCUAUGGAUUACUGCAGAGUUUAUUUCCUAUAAGCGUGAUCCGUUACCCAAGUGCACUCGUCGUAUACGUGCAGCAGAUAGCUGCUUCUUUUUGAUUAGACUUCUAAGCUUUUCGUUUCAGUUUUCUGAAGAAAAGCAAGAGUACGUGGCUGCUAUUCAAUCUUUUACAGUGAUCCAAGAGUUUCACACUGAUUCGAACGUUUUUUCUUCUAUGAUAGAAGUAACAAGGGCUAUCAACGACAGGAAAGAAAGUCAAACUCAUUCGAAAUCGUUGACUAUAAAAACUCCAUCUCGGAAGAAAUGUGAUGCUAGUAUAAACAAAUGUGAUCCUUCUGGACCGUGUUCCAGUGCAAACUCCUCAUCUGCUGCGCAACCCCUUACUGUUGUACAGGUACAACAAAAUCCUCCCAUUGCUGUAGACAAAUUACCCGGGGUAUUCGCCGUUGAAAAACCGGAGAAUUAUGUUGAACCACAUAUACCAGAAGCCGAUAACAAAGAGAAUAUUCCAUGUGAAGAUAAGUCUUCACUAAAGACUCCGGAGGAUUUAUCAUUUUUUGAUGAUUUUUUCAAUGAUAGUUUUGAUAUAUCUGAAUUCUGUAACUGGAAUGAAAUAUUAUCAGAUGUACAUGAUAACGACCAUAACAAACAAUCUCAGGGAAACAAACCGGAUAAUGGGGCUCCGAAUGAUGAAGCUUAUUCAUCUGGUACUCAAUAUUACUCUCUUCCCGAAGAGUGCAGUAAUUGGGCGACGACGGAGCCAGUUGUAUUAGAGUCUAGUAUUCAGGGAAACAAACCGGAUAAUGGGGCUCCGAAUGAUGAAGCUGAUUCAUCUGGUACUCAAUAUUACUCUCUUCCCGAAGGUUGUCAACGUGCGACAUGUAAAACAAUGAACCUAGGGAGUUUCCCUAAGCAACACCAUCUAUCUGGCGAAAAUGUUCGCGUCAAAUGUAAACUUAACAUUGCUAAGUGCAGUAAUUGGGCGACGACGGAGCCAGUUGUAUUAGAGUCUAGUAUUCAGGGAAACAAACCGGAUAAUGGGGCUCCGAAUGAUGAAGCUGAUUCAUCUGGUACUCAAUAUUACUCUCUUCCCGAAGAGUGCAGUAAUUGGGCGACGACGGAGCCAGUUGUAUUAGAGUCUAGUAUUCAGGGAAACAAACCGGAUAAUGGGGCUCCGAAUGAUGAAGCUGAUUCAUCUGGUACUCAAUAUUACUCUCUUCCCGAAGAGUGCAGUAAUUGGGCGACGACGGAGCCAGUUGUAUUAGAGUCUAGUAUUCAGUUUCAUCAAGAAUUUAAAAGAAAAUCUUGUAGGAAUAAGAAUACAUCAACUGGAAAUAUUUCUGCUGGGGAUGAAAAUGAGUUUCAUCAAGAAUUUAAAAGAAAAUCUUGUAGGAAUAAGAAUACAUCAACUGGAAAUAUUUCUGCUGGGGAUGAAAAUGAGUUUCAUCAAGAAUUUAAAAGAAAAUCUUGUAGGAAUAAGAAUACAUCAACUGGAAAUAUUUCUGCUGGGGAUGAAAAUGAGUUUCAUCAAGAAUUUAAAAGAAAAUCUUGUAGGAAUAAGAAUACAUCAACUGGAAAUAUUUCUGCUGGGGAUGAAAAUGAGUUUCAUCAAGAAUUUAAAAGAAAAUCUUGUAGGAAUAAGAAUACAUCAACUGGAAAUAUUUCUGCUGGGGAUGAAAAUGAGUUUCAUCAAGAAUUUAAAAGAAAAUCUUGUAGGAAUAAGAAUACAUCAACUGGAAAUAUUUCUGCUGGGGAUGAAAAUGAGUUUCAUCAAGAAUUUAAAAGAAAAUCUUGUAGGAAUAAGAAUACAUCAACUGGAAAUAUUUCUGCUGGGGAUGAAAAUGAGUUUCAUCAAGAAUUUAAAAGAAAAUCUUGUAGGAAUAAGAAUACAUCAACUGGAAAUAUUUCUGCUGGGGAUGAAAAUGAGUUUCAUCAAGAAUUUAAAAGAAAAUCUUGUAGGAAUAAGAAUACAUCAACUGGAAAUAUUUCUGCUGGGGAUGAAAAUGAGACGCUAAGAGGACUAGAAAAUUCGAAUGAGUCUUCCACUGAAGAUGUUGCUAACAUUGUUUUACUGAGAAUGCUGAAUAAAGAAGAACUAGAAAUUUUUACAUGCUUUCAUCAAGAAUUUAAAAGAAAAUCUUGUAGGAAUAAGAAUACAUCAACUGGAAAUAUUUCUGCUGGGGAUGAAAAUGAGUUUCAUCAAGAAUUUAAAAGAAAAUCUUGUAGGAAUAAGAAUACAUCAACUGGAAAUAUUUCUGCUGGGGAUGAAAAUGAGCUUAUAGCGAAUUGUUUGCGAGGUUCACUCCAGGACCGAUACAAAACCUUAACUAGGGUGCGCAAACGUAUUCCACUCAAAGAAGUGAACAUAUCCCAAGAGCGUAAUACGCUAAGAGGACUAGAAAAUUCGAAUGAGUCUUCCACUGAAGAUGUUGCUAACAUUGUUUUACUGAGAAUGCUGAAUAAAGAAGAACUAGAAAUUUUUACAUGCUUUCAUCAAGAAUUUAAAAGAAAAUCUUGUAGGAAUAAGAAUACAUCAACUGGAAAUAUUUCUGCUGGGGAUGAAAAUGAGUUUCAUCAAGAAUUUAAAAGAAAAUCUUGUAGGAAUAAGAAUACAUCAACUGGAAAUAUUUCUGCUGGGGAUGAAAAUGAGCUUAUAGCGAAUUGUUUGCGAGGUUCACUCCAGGACCGAUACAAAACCUUAACUAGGGUGCGCAAACGUAUUCCACUCAAAGAAGUGAACAUAUCCCAAGAGCGUAAUGUGAGUCUAUUUAUUGGUUGUGUCAAGUGCUUGUCAACAUCAUUUAAUUGUAUAUAGCGAUUGCGACGUUUUACUGUUUAUUGCGUUUAUUUUGUUGAAUUAUUAAAGUCAGAUCCGGUGGUGUAACAUUAAUCUAGCCUUGGGGAUAAUUUCAGAAUAUUUACAUCGUAUAUCUGUCAAGUUUACUAAGGUUGAAACGACUUUUCGAUUUCCAUACUGUUCCACUGUUUCCGGAUCCUGGGCACUUGAUUUUCAUUCCUGCUGGUUCAACAGUUGGAAACAGUUAGCCCCUUUAUUGUUAUUGGAAGACAAAGUUUAUCUGAAAAGUGUGAUGUAAUUGUGAAAUAUAUUUUGGACAAAAUGAUCACGCUUACUUGUUUAAUCAGUUGCUAUGAGAAAAGCGGAAUGUCAAAUUAAUAGAUAAAGUGAUGAAUAUGGGAGGAUAAUAAUUAACCCUGUCCUUGGUAAUAUGAUCGGGUGAAAAUUACCACAGUUGGUUAAGUGUAAUAAGUCAAAAAAAAUGUACAUAAGUAAGUAUAAAUAAUAUCAAAUUGUUGAAUUGAAUUUUUGAUUUUCCCGUCGAUUGAUUGGACCGAAGUGCUCGGUCUCAGGAAAAUCAAAAAUUCAAUUCAAUAAUUAAUAUGACCCGUUGCACAAGAGGUGGCUCUCGUGGCCCAAGUGGUCUAGUGGAUAACGCUUUGGCGUUCGAAACUAUGGGUACUGGGUUCGAGCCUCGGUGGGAACAUCAUCACUCACUGAGAAAUGCAGGUACAUCCAGAUGACGAGUCCCAAAUAGGACGAAAUGCGCAUCCUGGACUCCACUGCUAGCCACCAUCCACCAAUUGAAUAUCAAAUUGUAUUUGAUGAUCGGACACAUUUAAAUUGUGAUGUGAUGUACUUACAAGUUAAGUGUUUUCGAAGUUGUCUAUAACUAUAAGCUGAGCUCCAUGUUGAGUAUUAUGAAUGGCAAAAUGUAGUCUUUCUCUUCAAAUCCUAUUGUUUAUUUCCCCAUUUUAAGAUUUAUGUGGACAUCUUUUUUUAACUAAAUAGAUUGUGAAAUGCCUACCCUCUACACUGGUUCAUUUAUUCAAGUGAUAAACCCUUAGAGUUGAAUAUUUCUUUAUCAAAAGCUUAGCUCACACUAAAGUGUUUAUCAGUACCCGAUUGUUAACUUUAAUCCUAGAUGCACUUUCAAGUUUUAUUUACUUUUAUGUUUAGUGUAGCUGAUUUUACUUUCGAUUAACUCGUGCUGAAUAUGUAUUUCUGUAUAUUCUCAGACAAAUUGAAAAGGUUUACAGACUUGUGUUAAAACAGUUUUCUAUAAAGCUGUGUGAGUUCUACAUGUGCCUUCUCAUUCUCUUUGCUUUUUUCAUUGGUUUUUCAAGCGCAUUCGGUAAGUCGUUGAGUUUAGUUGCCUUCAAGUCAUUUAGAUUUUGCCACUUUGGUGCUCAUUUUUAGUUGACAGUUAAUGUUUCUUCUGUUGAGUUUCAGUUAAUUCUAUUAAUUGCUUACUUUGGUAUAAGCAGGCGUACGUGUGUGCGCUACUGUAUUGAAUCCGAUUCAUUGCAUGCACAGAGCUGGUUCACUUCAUAUCCAGCUAGGUUUUCUUUUUUCUCAUGCAAUAGUUCUAAAUUUAUUUCCCUUAUUUUUUAAAUACCCUGGAUACAGAAUUCUGUGUAAUAAAUCAUCGAAUAAUAAACAGUCCAUAUUUAAGUGGAAAACUUAAGGAACUGGUUGAAGAAUUAUUCGGCAUGUUUUCUUUUGCUUUCUCUUUCUGGCAGAAUUACCGGUGUUCGUUGUUCAAUGGUCAAACAAAUGCGCUCAGGCUACUCAUGAGGUUCUGGUUCAACUUCCAGCCGACUCACGCCUAAAUUUUGCAUAGCAGGUAGUAAGACCGAAAAAGAUGUAAAGUUAAGUGUGAGUCUAGUAAACUCACACAGUGAAAACAACACCAUUACCGAAGCUUAAUAGCUUGCAGUUCUGUGUUCCACUAUGAGCUCAAAGAAAGAAAAGAAAUCGAAGCAAACCAAAUUAUACUGAGUCAAGGAAUAUAGUUUUUUUCUAAAACAGAUAAACGCUUCAAUAUUUGCGAAGUAUCAUGUAUGCAUCGAGCUACCUAAUGAAGUCUUCAGAAGGGAAUUGUUGAGCGAAAAAUACUCCCGUCAAUUAGAGUGUAAACAUUAGCUUCCUGUUGUUUGACGGUAAUAUUUUCCUAGCAUAGAAUCGCGCAACACUGUCUGUAUACUUUGAAGAUACACGCAAAAAUCGAAUUAAUUCGACCUACUAUUGUAGAGAAAUGCGAAAUCUUAGUAAACGAAUCAGUCAAGCUGAAGUGAUUUUUAGCUGUGUAGAUGUGUAUACUUGUUUCAGCGUAUAUCUUUCAAGGUUGUGGUGUCCAACUAAAUUCUUUCUGACAACUAGACCAUAUGAGACAUAUCGAUUACUGAAAUUCUUAAUCAUUGUGAUCAUUUCGUAUAUUGUAGACGCUAAGAGGACUAGAAAAUUCGAAUGAGUCUUCCACUGAAGAUGUUGCUAACAUUGUUUUACUGAGAAUGCUGAAUAAAGAAGAACUAGAAAUUUUUACAUGCGUAAGUUUAACUUUUCAUUUUAUUUGUUUAAUGUUUCUUAUUCUCAGCUAUGUGAUUAUGACAAUCUGCGUUGUUAUCAGAUAAAUAACCCAUGUUUGUGUGAAAAUAUCAACAACAAAAAUGACGAUAAGUAAUUAAAUGAGAUAUGUAUCUGCAAUGUCUGUUUGUCCUUAUGAGUUCGUGUUAUUUCAAUUUUGUUGAUCUUGGUAUAAAUGAUAGAAAAAUUAAUAUGGAAUAUUAUGCAUAAAAGUGCAGAUCAGUCGUAGGAAUUUGAAGGUGAGAGGAUUUUCAAAUGGUGUUAAAAGUACUUGAAACGUGAGAGAGAAAUGCAUCAGUAGUAAAGAAAGCUAAGAAGGAGGAGAAUUGAGACAGUUUUCGUCUCCAUGCUGUAUUGAACACAAUUUUAUUCAUUUGUUGAAUUCACAGGAAAAUUGUAUUCCCUUGCUUUAAAUGUUACCUCUCUGUUCAUAUGAUAUUAACUUUGUUUGUCCUUCAACAAGAAGUACACACACCUGUUUCUGAAUGUAGAUCACCAGUAGUUAGUGAUUUUAUAUCGUAUCCUUUCUGUGAAACUUUUGUACCUAUUAGUAGGACACUAGGCAGCAACUAGUGCAUGCGUCUGUCUGUUUUCGACAUAGAAC